CCAUAUUCAGUUUGUCUCUGUCUCUCUCCCUAACGUGUAUAUGUGGUGGUUUCCAGCCGCGAGGAUGUUGGUGGCUGCUCUGCUCAUUCUGGUCACUAAUCUGAAGCAGGUGGGAGCUUUCAGUCUGACCGUCACUGAGAGUCAGAUAGAAGCCACAGCCGGACAAUCUGUGUACUUCCUGGUAAUGCCCAGUGAACAGGGAAGUUUUAGUAUAACAUGGAAAGUCAACACCAGCUCCACAAUCGCAACAGCACAGGGAACAACAGUGAAGUACUAUGGAGACUACCAGGGUCGGGCUGAGCUUUACCCCAACAAUGCCACUCUACGUCUGGACACAGUGACUCCGGCUGAUUCCGGUUCGUACUCAGUGUCUGUGUAUGACUUAAUCCUCGGAGCAGCCUCAGCAGAUUUACAACUGCGUGUUCACACUCUGCUGUCCAAUGUGAGCAUCAGCCUGAGUCCAGACAAGGAGAUAUUUAUCGAGAAUAAAGACACAGUGACACUAAGAUGUACAGCGAUGGGAUUGUUCCCCACCUAUUCCUGGGCACUGGAUGGACACCCGUUACCUGUAACCCCACGUUACACACUGUCUGCAGCUAAUAGCACUCUGACAAUCAGCCCCGUACACAGGAGCGACAGUGGAGGGUUUAUCUGCACGGCCAGUAACCUGGUGGGCAGUGACAGCAGCAAACCAGUGGCCCUAACCAUACAAGCCUUGGUGUCCAAUGUGAGCAUCAGCCUGAGUCCAGACGGGGAGAUGAUGAUAGAGAAUAAGGACACAGUGACACUGAGAUGUACAUCGAUGGGAUCGUUCCCCACCUAUUCCUGGGCACUGGCUGGACACCCGUUACCUGUAACCCCACGUUACACACUGUCUGCAGAUAAUAGCACUCUGACAAUCAGCCCCGUACACAGGAGCGACAGUGGAGGGUUUAUCUGCACGGCCAGUAACCUGGUGAGCAGUGACAGCAGCAAACCAGUGAAGCUGGUGAUAACUUAUGGCCCUGAUCCACCCACAGUUGAAGUGAUCGGGCUGGAGCUAUGUGACAGCUUCUUCCCAGGACAGUACUGUGGGAAGGAGGGAGAUUUAGUGACACUCAACUGUCAGACGAAAUGUUUCCCAGAGUGUAACUACACGUGGACACAUAACACCGCGGUCAUUGCCGGCAACACCUCACAGCUGCCUAUAGAGAGCCUCACGUUCCAAAGCAGCGGGGAUUACACUUGCAAUGUGGAGAGCGAUUACACCACGAUUAGCCGCACGGAGAAGGUUUCAAUCCUCGUGUACAGGACUCCCACACAGCAGAUCACAUGCGGAGCAGCGGAUAAAGGAACAGCAGUGGGGUUGAUGUGCUCCUGGGCUGGUGGGGUGCCAGACACUGUCCUUCAGCUGAAGGUCGGACAGACGAUUGUCAAUGGGACAAACGAGGGGAAUGUCACCAUCACAAAGGAUCAGCUCAGCUCCCGAGAGAUCUUCACAUGUGUUGGACGCCAUGUUGUCUCUGACAGUCAAUGCUCUAUAGUCAUUGAUAAACCCCAGAGAGCGUCAGGGUCUGAGCCUCAGGUGGAAGUGGGGAAGGAGGCAGAUGUGACCUUAGACGUGUCACUGACAGACACAGUGCGGGUGUCAGACCCUGGCCUGCUGCCCGCACACUUUACAUGGUCGAAGGAAGACAACUCCAUCACUGGCUCUGACGACAAGUUCAACAUCACCUCAGGACUAACCUUCUCUAAACUGCUCAUCAGUAAAUUCCAGGCAACCGAUCAGGGCACAUAUCAAUGCCGUGUCACUAACGCAAUGGGAGAGAACUCUUCCAAUUUGACAGAGACAGUGAAGGUGUUUCUCUCCGCAGUGAAUGUGGCCCUGAUAGUGGGGACAAUAGUGGGGGCUGUGGCUGUGGUGGUCAUUGCAACACUCGCUGUGGUGUACGUUUACAGGAAACGUAAGGAAGCCAAAACACAGCAAGAGACAGAGGGUGAACCACACUACGAGACCAUUGAUGUCAGAGCUUCCUCUGCCAAUGUCUCCCAGAAGGAUUCAGGCCCUUACAUGGUGAGGAAACAAAUGGCUGACACGGACAGUGUGUCAGCCCGGCUCAGUCUCUUGCUGUCCCACCUCUGUCCUUUACGACCCUAA